AGUCUCCAGUGACGAUGGAUAAACCAGUGUGCUUCAUUGACACGGACUCAGAUGGGAAGCUGUGUGUGCAGCAGUCAGCACUGCAGAUCCUGCAGCAGAUCCAGCAGCCGGUGGUGGUGGUGGCCGUGGUGGGACUCUACCGGACCGGGAAGUCCUACCUGAUGAACCGUCUCGCUGGGAAACAAACAGGGUUUGCGCUGGGCAGCACAAUUGAGUCCAAGACGAAGGGCAUCUGGAUGUGGUGUGUGCCUCAUCCCACUGAAGCAGGAACCACUCUAGUGCUGCUGGACACAGAGGGACUCGGAGACGUGGAUAAGGGAGACCCAAAGCAUGACACCAACAUCUUCUGUCUGGCUGUGUUACUCAGCAGUACUCUGGUCUACAACAGUCGAGGGACGAUUGAUAACAAGGCCAUAAUGGAUCUACAGUAUCCUUCUAACCAUUUAUAGACACAUAAAUAGAAAUCAUCAAAUAUUGAUGAUUCAAGUGAAUUUGUGAAGUUCUUCCCUACUUUCAUCUGGGCUGUGAGGGACUUCACACUGGAGCUAAAGGUCGAUGACAAAGAUGUAACAGAGGAUGAGUACCUAGAUUUUGCUCUGAAGCUGAAACAUGGCACUUCAAGAAGUGUGAUGGAGUACAACUUUCCCAGGGAGUGCAUCCAAAAAUUCUUCCCUUCCAGGAAGUGCUUCACUUUCCCCUUUCCAACAGCCCCAGAAAAAAUGUCUUGCCUGGAAAGCUUGGAUGUUGCUGCCAUUUCCUUUGAGUUCCUGAAGGUCACAGAUCAUUUCUGCAAGUUUGUCUUUCGUGACAGCAGUGUGAAAAGGCUGAAAGACGGAUACACAGUCACUGGAAGAGUUCUGGGUCAUCUGGCAAAAACGUAUGUGGACACCAUCUCCAGUGGUUCUGUGCCAUGUCUGGAGAACGCUGUGAUUGCUAUGGCAAUGAUUGAGAAUGAGGCUGCAGUGAAGGUGGGUCUUCAGGUUUACCAAAGUGGAAUGGAGAAGCUGAAGGUCUCCUUCCCUCUGGAACUGAAGGAUGUGUCCUCAAAACACCAACACCUCAGCAGCACAGCAACACAAGCCUUCAUGAAGCGUUCCUUCAGGGACACUGAUGGGAAACACCUGAAAUCUCUAGAGGAACAAACAGUUAAACUCUUUGAUGGAUACGUGUGCCAAAACGAACAAGCUUCUAAGAAACAAUGUGAGAAAAUCCUGUCAUCCCUCUCUGCACCAAUAAUGAAAAAACUCAAGCAAGGCUUCUAUGCCAAACCUGGUGGCUAUGAUCUCUUCUGCAAAGAUUUGGAGGUCAUUGGAAAGAAAUACAACAGCCAGGCCAAAAAACAAGUCAAGGCUAAAGAGGUUCUAGACGAGUUCCUGAAGCAGAAGUCUGUGGAUUCUAAAGCCAUUCUGCAGGUUGACAAGAAACUGACUGUGAAGGAGAAAAAGAUUAGAGAGGAAAAAGAGAAAGCGGCCCUCCUGAAGCAGGAAAUUGAAGCUAAUAAGGAGAAGCAGCGACAGCUAGAAGAGAAGAUGGAAGCAGAGAGACAGAGUAAUGAAGAGAGGAUGAGACAGAUGGAGGAGAAGAUGGAUGAGGAGAUGAGGCUUCAGAGAGAGGAGGCUGAGUGUGCCAUGGACAGUAAACUGAGGGAGCAGGCUGAUCUGAUGCAGAAGGGCUUUAAGGAGAAGGCAGACAGGAUGAGGCAGGAGAUGAGAGAGUUCAAGAGACGGACCGCUGAAGCCGAAAAUAACAGAGCUAAAGAGUUUGCAUUGAUUUUAGAAAAUGCCAAGAGGAGACAUGAGGAAGAAAUGGCUCUGAUGAUGCAGAAUCACAGAGAACAGAUGAUGGAAAUGCGCUCUACAGAAAACCCAAUGGCUAGGAUAAUGCAGCAUCACAAAGAACAGAUGAUGGCCAUCUUUACCCCUCGUGUGCACUCUCCAGAAGAAUGCUGCAUCUCGUGAACUCUGUAUCUGCCAUGACUCUGUAAUCAUCACUGAACAGGAAAUUAUACAUUUUACUUCACAACUUAUUUGUCUAACCUGGCCUAUGGCUCUGAUACAUUAUAAGUACAUGUUUAUUUGAUGUUUCUAAUUAAUUAUAAAAUAAAUUCAUGCGUUAUUAUUCAUGUAUUACCGGAUCUCUGGCAUACUUGAUUCUGACUGUUCAGUCGCACCAUCCAGUGGUUUGUGAUCCUCUGAUAACAACCGGUAAAACUGCCAUAAUAAACCUCUCAUCUGGGUAUCUGCAGGUGUAGGCGCU